UAUUUGAAGUGAGCUAUGAGAGCUAUAAAAAUAUUGUUAUCUGUUGUCGGCCAUUUUGUUGAUAAAACAUAAACUUUGUGCACGUGAGUGCCAUACCCACGUGGCAUGUGUAAGCAAAAACAUACAAGACAAAAGCGAAGGUGAUCGUGUGCUAGAGCCGAUACACUUGGAGGCUUGGAGAUUAUUUAUUUUGCAACUAAUAUGGACGGACGAUCAGGAGGAUCACCAUGUGGUCGUUGCCAAGUUUCGUUGGCCCCCAAGAUUGUCCUGACUAAAGUAGCUCUUGACUCUCGUGUCAUCAACCGAUUCAUACGCACCUACAUGUCCCCGGCCAAUAACCACACCCACUCAUCCAGAGACCACACCCACCAGGGAGGGAGCUCCUCUGCGGACGUAUCGAUCCCAGUACCUCCUGUGAUUCAACCUAUGAGAGCCACCCCCCUAGUACUCACCAGACCUGCCACUGUGCCCAGUCAAAGAAGUGCGGUGAAAUCGUCCAAAAAGAGGAAGAAAUUAUUGCUGAAACAAAAACGAAGUUCGAAAUCCAGUAUAGUAGAAAAUGGUGCAGCAGUCGUCGGUGCGGAGUCUUCAAAUGUUUACCUUAAUAAACCAAUCAGCUUCAAGUCUGACGUACCUGUUGCCCAUAGUAACUCGUCUAUAUUGAACAGUGGCCACUCUUUGUCCAGUGUGUACAGCACCCCCACCAAGUCGACCAAUGACCCCUCCAUCUUUGAGAGCCCCUCCACUUACAUUGGCCCCCUCACCACCAACUCACUAUUGACCUCACCCAAUGUGACACUCGGGAGUGAUUUCGAUGGCAUUACAGAUUGGUUUGAUUUUGAAGACCAGAUUCAAACGGCUACCAAGCAGCUAGCUAUAGAGCCGCACGAGAGCAGCAAGCAUAUUACUAGUACACAGUUAAUGAGUCAUCCCGCUGUACCACACUCCACCGAGGAUGUGGCACGCAUUCCAACACCAGCUGUCAGGGUAUCACCAGAUGCAGGGAACCUCUCAAUGGCAGCUGAUACAUUGCCCAAGCUUAGACGGAAGGAAAAACAACCCCGCAAGAAACUCGUGAAGAUGAAACCUGCUAUCGUUUUGGACAGCUUUGGAAAUCCCAUAAAACGAAAGCGAGGGCGUCCAAGGAAACACCCCCUUUCCCUUACUGGUCAGCCUGUUGUAAAGAUAGAGCCUCCCGACAUCAGCCAGCCACACCCACUCUUAGCAGAGCCGGCAACAAAGAACAAAAAGAAGAAGCACGACAAGGCAGCUGCUCAACUCAUCACUCAAGUGUUUGGCCAGGGAUGGGAGAAACGGAAAUUCCCCCACCAGACAACGGUUGAGGAUCAAGGUUAUUACACGUGCAUCUCAGGGAGUGACUCCAGCUCCAGGAGCUCCCACAUCCCAGUAUCCCAUUCUCCUCUGGACAACAUGCUCAGUCCGGACUUCAUUAGGAGCCAGCCGUCUGUGUUGAUACAAGAUCCCAUACUGCUUGGUCAGGAACCACUUGCAAACCAAAACCAGGACAUUUCAGUCAGUGUACUGGUGGAGUCAGGACAGUGUGAUGUGCAGGCUGCCCUACCAAAUGAGCCAUCUGAUGUAGAGCUAAUCCGCCAGCUGGACGCUUUGCUUAGUGACGAAGGUGCUCAUAUAUUGGACGAUAUGAUAAUUGGUGAGACACAGGAGGUGACAACGUAUGAAGAUGAAGAGGCCAUUCUGAGCUCUGAGAGUGUCACUGGCUGUCUGGUGAAGCUGCAGCAGUGUGGGCGUAUCACUGGGGCAACUCAUCUGGUGUCCAAGCAAGGGGUACACGUGGCCGGCUCCAUCCAGACUAAGGUCAAACAGUUCAAAGGGCAAAAGGUCAAGAGGUCAGUGACUAACACGAAGGCAGUAACUCCUCGACACAAGUCAACUCCAUCCAUGGUCAACUCACGCACUAAGUCUGGACGUACCAUCAAGCCAACUCCUCGAAUGAUGGAUUUCAGUAAUGGCACGGAUACCUUGUUAGACGACUCGCUGCCCACUUCUCCCAAUCAGGGAGGCAGCAAUGAAAGUGAAGAAGAAGUUCUGAUACCUAAGAAAAAAGAAAUUGAACCUUUAGACGAUGUGAGUGAAGAAGAAGCCUCUGUUGUCAGUGACGGUGCCUACACUGCCACUCCACCAGUACCCCCCAGGGCUGCUACUCAGACCCCCCACAUUGACUCUAAAUUGAAACUGAAACUCAAGGACUUGCGAUUGUCCAUUCCUCGCAGUCCUGUUACACAGCGGCUAGGAAGCUUCAGUUUCAAACUUCCCAAACUGUCCAGUGUGGCUAGUGUGGGGAACACCAGCUGUGCUAGAAUAGUGACGAUUGAGAGCACCCCCCCUCCGGCUCCUAAACAAGGGGUAGCAUUUAAUCCCCCCACAGUGAUGCCCCCCAGCACGGAGGCAUCAACCCCCAACAACAAUAACACAUUAAACAUGUCUCUAGACGCAAUACUCAAGGAAAUGGACCAAGCAAAAGCUGCAGAGCAGAUAGUGUCGAGUGAUGCACGAGUUGUCACGGUGAACCCUGCAGACCCUCCGAUAUAUCAGCGUCUUGAUUCGGAAAGGACGGUUAGAUUCACAACUCCAGACUUCGAUGGUUCUCUCACGGACAAUGACAUCAGUGAUCUCUUCUCCCCACUCGAUGUUGAGACCUCGUUGGAACAAGUGCUACAAGGGGACAGUUUGUUUGGACCUGAACCAGCCGAUAAAGGACCACCCGAUACAGGACCACUGAGAGUAGUUAUAGAUACAAGCAAUGAUGCUAGCCCUGUCAAGGUCAGAGAGGUGCGGUUUAAACUGGAGGAGGAUGGUGGUGACGGUGACGAUGACUGUAGCACAGCAGAGGAACCAUUCUGUUUCAAUCUCUCACCAAGUAAUUCAUUUGAGGAUGACAGUAGUGUGGCCACACCCCCUCCAAAGGGGGAAUCCCCUGAUGAAGAUGCGAUUGAUCUCCAUGCCGAUGAUUUUGAUAUGUUUGAUUCUGAUGUGAAGGACACGCCUCUCUCCAGCAUAUUAUUCAAGAGACCACCACUGCCUAAGAAAACUGAUGUUCGUAUAAAGCCUCCUUUUAUUAAAACCACACCCACCCCACCCCCCUGGAGACAGAAGCAGCGACCCCACUCUCACCCAGUGUCACCAGAUGAAGGUGGUUCAUCACCUGGAUACAAUCAUCCUCCUGCCUUGAUGCCCUACAAGAAGGAACAGGUGUCACAGUGGGUGGCCGAGGCACAGAGGCACACAGGUUUCUUCCCGCCCACUCCACACAGGACUGCGCAUGUCCCGGGCUCAUUCGACCCCUCGGGGGGGGUCCUAAAUAGGAAUGGAAACUCUUCAAAUGAACGGCUACGAUUUGAUGAGCCUCAACCACGACCAAUCUCACCAGCCGGCAAGCCUCAGGGGGGUAAUAAGGACUUGUUCCCACGGUCACUAUUGGGAGGCCAUUGUCAAUACUUCCUCAGAGGACGCUGUGACUUCAACAACUGUCGUUUCAAACACACACCACUCAACCUUGUCCCACUGCACAUCCUCGAGGUUGCCUUGUUUCAAGGAACUCCUGUCGACAGUGUACCAAUGGAGGUGCUCUAUCACUAUGGCAACGACCCCCCCUCUUGCUCCCAGCUCUCGGCUAACUGGAAACAGUUCAUUGAUCUCAUACACGGAUUGCUGUACAAGAACUUUGGUGCUGUGUCCACUGCCUACCAGUAUUUCAGCUUCAGUGUACAGUUUACUCUUGAACUGCUCAAGCGUAUCCUGGAGCUGUGUUCCCUCCAGCCUCCCACUGGUCACCAUGGAAACCCACUCGCCCUCGCAGAGAACAUCUUUGCUGGCCUCAGAAAGAGAGGACGUUUCGGUCGAGAUAUCUGCUACUUCUAUUUAAAAACUCUCUCUAAUUUUGACGUCCCCUUGAAGUUGAUGGAGGGAUACAAGGUGAUGAGGUCACUGGGGGAACCCCCUAAUCACGACAUCUUCCUGCUCAUGUUAAGACUGAGCAAAACUCUAGGACAACGAGUAUUUGACCUUCUUGAUGAUAUUGAGAAGUGUGUCCCUCCCCUCACGAGCAUGGAGGCUGCCAGGUGUGUCAAUCGCCUCAUUGAUAUUGCUGACUCUGCACUGUUAUUGACGCACAUAAAGCGGCUGGGGCAAUGGUUGGAGCACACCUCCCUCUCAAUCACCAGCAAGAUCACUGGACCAGCAUUCAUCAAACUAGCAGCUCUGUUCACUCAAGAGCAGAACUGGAGCCCGCUGAUUACUCUGUAUCACAGCUGUCCUAAGCAUGCGGCCACUCUGGAGGGCAGUCAGAUCUCCGAGGCUCUUCACACUUCAGUGACCGUGUUAGGGCCCUCGGACAAGAUGGCUGACAUCCUGAGCAUGCUGAGUGACGAACAGCUGGCUGGAAUAUCAUCGGAGGUGUGGAAUAGGAUGAUUACUGAUUGUGCGGAAAAGGGCAAGGUUCAAAGGGCACGGAGAUUCUACCGAGUGGCUGCCACACACAAGAAACAAUUCUCUGUACAUACAUCGUCUGCUCUGUUGAGGCUGCUCAUGUCACAAGGCGAGCAUUCUGAGGCUGUGGGUGUACUCAAGCAGUGUCUUGAGACCACACCCUUUGCCCCACCCCCUCUCUCACUCCUCACCCAACUCUGUGAUGUCAUGGACACUCCCAGUGACUUACAGCUGGUCAUCAAAACUCUCAUUGUUACCAAUACCACACCACCCCCAGCUGUCCUGCAGAGCCUACUGAAUGCCCACUCCAAACAGAAGGCCUACAAGAGACUGGCGGAGGUGGUCGCGUUCUCUCUGGACUACAACACGGUGCUAGACAAACUGUUCUAUCAGAAGGUGCUGGUUGAGCUGCGGCAGUGGGGCAGGGACCAGGACGCCAUCUCCACUGUAUACAAGGCUCUGCGGAGAGUGGAGAACCUCGAGACCAGUGACGAGGGAUUUAGUAUCCCCAGCAGUUUGGAUAGCCCCCCCUCCCCUCCGCCCUGGCCCCCCACUGGGGGUAGUAUCAGCCCCUCGGUACCAACUGCUCUUACCACCAAGACCCUGCUCACUACCUCUCUAUCAACUCCCACCUCGAUUCCUGCCGUUAGUGGAGGAGGUGUGGCCAAGGCUGCUGGGAGUCUGUCCCUGGAGAAUAUGAUGAAAGCAAGCACCUCACAAGAUCAGAGCUCUCUCAUCAAGCUCAUCGAGGUGAAUGGUUCACUGGGUCAGUUUGGAGCAGUGGCCUCCGUCCUUGUGUCCUUCCCCGACUCUCAGAGUCACUAUGACAACCAAACGGUGGGUGUGGUGUGGAGGGCCAUCAAUAACUCUUCCCUCAAAACAGCCAACGCCUUCUCCAGUUUACUAGCAGCAUUAGCACAGUCCCGAUCACACGCUUUCUCCUCACCCCCACAAUCAGCACUGCUGCCAUCAGACAAAUGGCUCGUCAGUCAACUCGGUAUUGCAAUCUUAAAGAUUUACGAAACCAAGGAAGAUUGGCAGAGUGGUUUUGUGGUGUUACACCAUCUUCAUCGUUAUGGUAUCCACUAUGUGAAACUGUCUGAGCCUAGUGCCCACCUCCCCCCGUGUUCCCCUGUCCCUCCCACCCCCUGUACUGUUGCCCUCUCCGCUAUCAACGUGUGUAUGCACAUGGACCAGGUGAACGGGGCACUAGAGGUCCUGCAAGGCUGUGAGUGGAUACAAGCCUCCAACAAUGAAGAGCUUCUCUUAAGGACAAAGUUGCUCACAGAGAUGGUUGAAAAGUUCCUUCAUUUGCGGGAAACUCAGAAAGCUUGGAAGUGUUUACUAGCCAUAGACUCGGAGUCAAUUGUGAAGAACUAUCAACACGCUGUCAUCAACCUUCACAACAAGUUACUUCAGACACUGCUCUCAUCUAAAGAUGUCAGCCUUGCUCUGAGUGUGUACCAGGUGAUGAGAACCAAUAAACUGCAAUGUCUACCUGUCUACUUUAGCUGUCUCCUUCGGAGCCUCUGCAGUGAUAACCAGGAGUUAGUUGCUAAGGAGCUCUGUAAGACGGCCAUUUCAGACAGCUUCUAUUGUUCUCUGAGUGGAGACAACCUCCUCCAGGUCACCCUGCCAGCUGGUCUGGUUCGCCUGGAGCUGCAUCUCUUGCUAGAGGACCACCUUCGGAAGGUCAUACAGACUGUGGACACAUUACAGCCAUUGCUAGUGCAGUUCAACACAGAUUCUCGCUCGUACCUGGAACAAGUAUUCUCCACAGACUUUGACCCUCCAUUGACGGUCCACUUCCUGGCUAAAGGCAGCUCGCUCUCUAUCUCUCCGUCCUCCCUGGCAAUCUGGGCAUCUCAGCACAAGCUCACUAGACCCUCUGUAUCACCACGCCCACUUCCUGUCACCCCCAUGCAGGCUCACAGUAUUACAGAGCUAGUCAGGACAGCAAAGCCAUUGUUGAAGGCUUCUAAUAAGAGGAAGGUGGAAUCACAUGACCUAUCACAUGACUCUGCUUCAGACUCUUCGAGAGUUUGUCCACUGCCGACUGUCCCUGGUGAGCAAUGUCCUGUUGAGAGUGAUGUGGGCGUGGGCGUGGCUGGGAAGAGACCUGUUCGACUGAAGAGGAAGAGGACAUUGUGUGACACAGAGCCACUCCCACAAGACACCCGCCCUCCUCCCACAAAGAAACCGCUGGUUGAUAAGGAGCUCAAACACACAGCGUGCCAACUGUUCAUCAAUCAUUUGAAGCCUUACUAUCAAACAAAAAAGUUCAAAACCCCGGGCGACUACAAACACUUAAUAAAAACCCUCUCACUGAAAUACUUCAAGACACUGCGGACUCAAGAAGCUCCUCUCCUGGAGGCAAUGGACAGUGACAUUGCUGCCAUAGUAGCCAGCCUCAUGCCGAGGGUCCGCGUGUACUCCUCUGAUAUGGUCCACGAAUUGGGACUGUACACAAACUCCGAUGAUACUUAGCUAUUUCAUAUCUGAUCGUACCUUUUUUGAGAGAAUGCUCAAAUUGUUUAGUUAUUUGUAUGUAGUAGUGUGUGUCAUGUUCAAUGCAGUCAUGUUAUUCAUCUUCAUUUAUUUACCCUCCAUGUUUUGUAUGUGACCUUGCCAAAACAUUCAUGCACUUGCUCAUUGAUUGGCAUUCGAACUUGUAAACAUUUCAAAAAAUUAUAAUUAAGUGAAGAGACAAAUAAAUGAGACAUACAUAUACCACAUAGCGAGAUAUAGAGAGAGGUGAUAUUAAAAGUGACAAUAUUAAUAUUGAAUACAAAGUCCUAUUAACUAGGUCUGUUCUUGUAGCAGUCUUUUGUAGCUGUAUUUACUCUUCUUCUCAGCUCUGGAGCUAGCGUAAACCAUCGAGCAUGCCAACAACACUCCCGUGAACUGAGCAGCUGCAAACACAAUCACCACUAUGGCAAUAAUCAGAUCGUGUUCCUUCAACGUUCCGAUCACUGAGUCUGGGCAUCCGGUGAGGUAGAGUUUGUUUGAAGCCCCUGAGGUCGCAUUCAUACGAGCCAUCGUACAGUCGGCCUCUUCCAGAUUGGCAUGGCAACAAGACGCAGGGACAGUGCCGUUAUCGAAGACAUUCCGAUAAGAAGUGAAAUUGUCAGCUCCACAGCACUUGUGAUGAUUUUGGAAAGUGUCCCACUCAUGAGUCACACUCGUGUAGUUAGGGCGGCCGUAGUUCAUCAGCGAUCGUUCCGCACUCUUAACAAAGACAUUCCUCAGUUGGUCUCUGAAAACAACGGCCGACACACCGGCUCCUAUCUCAUUGAUGAUGAGUAAUACCAGGACAAACGCAUACACUCCAAUGAGAAUGCGCCCAGUGAUAGUACGAACAAACAACCCUCCAACCACUCCAAUCAGACCUAACAGAGCCACGAUGAUGCCGGCCACUAUCAUUGAGAGAGGUAGUCUGGACAAUUGCGAGUCGCCAUCACUGAUGACAAUGAGUUCCUUCUGGGAGAGCAUGGCCCAGAGCCCCACUCCUCCCACAGCCAGGCCGAACAGAAUUAUGGUCACUCCCACACACACUUGGACAGCUUGCAUACAUAUUUGGAAAGCAUUAGCUUUCAUUGAGGACCAGAAAGAUCUCUUGGAAGGUUCUUCUAACUCCAUGGUCGGCUGCUUCUUUGACAAAA